AUGGCAAUAGACGUAGAACGAAUUCCACUGAUGACUUCGCAGAAGACGACGAAUAGUAUAUCAAUUCAGGAAUCUACGCUUUCGUGGCUGAACGUAUUUGUUGAAGUCCCAGGCUCACCAUCUCGUUAUGAACUAUCUACAUCAACUGGCAAUAUCUUACAUAAGAAUCAACAAUCGCGCCGAUCACUCCUUUAUGAUCUGUCAGGAAUAGCCCGAUCCGGUCAAAUAUUGGCGGUUAUGGGAGCGACGGGUGUUGGAAAAACGACGCUAAUGAAUGUUCUCAGUGGACAAUAUACAGAUAAUACACUAACUACAGCUGGUAAUGUGUAUCUUAAUGGUCAACUAACAACACGCCCGCAACGACAAAGCAGCAAUGCCAUCGGAUAUGUGGAACAAUAUGAACCAUUCAUCGAAACUAUGACUCUACAAGAACAUCUCAUCUUUCAGCCUACAAGUAGCAUGUUCGAUCAGAUCGACACACUUUGUCUUCUAGUGCAAGGCGGUCGCCAAGCAUAUUUUGGUUCGAAAGAGAAUGCUCAAGAGUUUUUUACAACAAAGUGUGGUUUGGUAGCAUCAUCACUGGAUGGUUUUAUCGAACAAUUGGCUGCGCCAUUAAAUCCUAAUGAUCACCAAAGUACUUUAGCUCAAAAUGUAGCUGCUGAUCAAUAUACAAAGUCAGAAGAUGCAACUUUACUCUUGACAGAUAUCGAAUAUUACCUACAAUCGAGUGCGAAACUUGCUUUAGAUUCGAUAGAGAGUUCUAGACGAUCUUCGUUUCUACGUCAAGUGAAAUGGCUUCUAUGGCGUUCGUUUCUUGCAGAUGUUCGUGAUCCGUUGCGUAGUACCUUUAUCCUUAUUCGAAUUUUAGUACCGGCUAUUGUCUUUGGUCUGUUGUACUUUCAGUUACCUCAUUCGGUUGAUUUUACUCAAAACGUUAACUCUCUAUUACUCUAUAUAGCAGGUAUUACUGUUUUCAUAAGCACCUUUGUGAUAUUGAGUACGAUGCCAUCAAAUAUUUAUGUUUGCAUAAAAGAAACUCACCGAGGCACCUACGGAGUACUGGCGUAUUACGUAGCUAUUGUUGUUCAUGAUUUUCCAACAUUUAUCAUUAUACCAUUUGUGUACGGGUCAAUUCUUUACUGGAUGUCAGGUAUGGACAAUACAUGGUGGCACUAUAUGUCAUUUCUUGCUGUUCUCAUAUUGGUGAGCAACACUGCGUCUGCUUUCGGAGAAUUAAUAGCUUCUUUUUCAAGUACGGUCGAAAGUGCUGUUAGCACGGCAAUGCCUUUACUCCAUACAUUUAUGAUUUUUAGUGGAUUCUUUUUGAAUGCGGCGUACAUACAUCCUGUGUUCUAUAUAGUCCAAUACUUAUCACCGUUUUACUAUGGCUAUUCCACUUUAUACGUACUUCAAUGGAGCACGAAUAAUCGGAACACGACAAGUCACUGUUACCAAUAUUAUAUUGAUGAUACCGAACAGCAGCUCUCCACUAACAUGACUACCAUGAAAACGUGUUGUGUUCAUCCAAUCGACAAUAGCGAAGAUCUGAAUAACCUCAGCAGUCACGUUUAUUUUAAUAUUGCUAUGCUUGUUAGUCUCUUUAUCAUUUGUCACAUUAGCGCUUUUGUUAUUAUAUGGUUUCGAGCACAUAAGGAUCGGCUGAAAGAACGUUGCCUGCGAACAAAAGAUCGAAAAUAA